AUGUUAACGUCUCUUGUGGUGUUAUGUUUCAUUAAAAUUGAGGCGACGGCGUUGUUGAUACAAGUUGAGGAAAUGUCACGCGUAAACAUGAAAAGUAUUUCUUUAAAGGAUGUAUUGUCCCACACGGCUUUUGUCACAUCAUUCUUUAACUCUGGUAUCAUUGCGAAGAAUAGUUUCACAAGAUUUUUGGAAAAAGUCUUAUUUCUGAUCUUAUUUUGUGGUCUUAGUUUCAUAGCAAUUUUAGCAGUGUUCGCAAGAAAAGGUAUUGACACUUGGAUUCAAUUUUCUCUUUACAUUAUCCCUUUACUUGCUAUGAUUUGUGGACAUAUAAUAUUCAAAUCAAAGUCAUUUAAAGAAAUUCUAAAAAGACGUCUUACACGAAAUGAUUCAAGUAACAGCUGGGCUGAUAAAACCAAUGUUCACUUAAUAAAGCAUUAUCUCAAGACGAGCUCGAUACGAACAUGUCUUUAUCCUAUUAGUUUAGUCCUCUACCAAUGGAUUGUGUACAUAAUUUUCUUUAAGCAUCAUGGAAGCAGUAAUUUCUCUGGACCACACAAUAUUUCUUUGGCUGGACACUUGAAACUUGCUAUUGAAGAAAAAACGUGGCUUCCUCUGUAUUAUGCAUUCUGGACAUUAGCCAUGUAUAUCACUGGUUUUGUAGCAUGUUCGUUCUUGCUUGUUGUUCGAAUACAUAUGAUCGAUGUGAAAUACUUCCUGUGUAGAAUGGGUGAUGGUCCAGUUAUUCAGAAAUUUAUUGACUGGCGCUUUACACCCGAACGCAAAAUCCCUCAAAUUGAAAGUCAAGAAGUGAUUAAAGAUGGAGUGUCAUUAACUCCAGUUGGACUUUUUGUAAAAGUGAUCUCGUUUUUCACCGGGUUUUUGACCCUUGGGCUUGUUGAACUUGACUCAAGUCACUUGGAAGCCAAUCAAAUUUUAACGAGCAGGUUGCUUCACUAUGAGGAAAACGAAAAUGGUGAAUUUCACGAUAGUGGUUAUUAUUACACUGGCUCAUUAAUAGUAGCGACAGAAGGUAGUCACGAGGUUUCUUCGGGAGCUGACAUUCCCAGAGAAGCAAGUCGAGAAAUAAGUGAACUUGUUGGUAGUUUAGAAUUGAACAGCUCAAAAUUCAAACCAUUUCUUGUUGUACUUACAUUUUUUUCUGUGACCAGUCUGGUGACGCAUGUUGUUGCAAUGUUGGUGUUGAAAAGUCAUCAAUUUACGGUUGUUCAUUGGUGGACUCUCGUACGUAGUCUCUUUUGGUUCCUCCUUGCCCUUCGUUUGCUGUGGACAGUUGCAAUGAUAACAAAUACUCUUUCACUUAUCAUCCCCCAUAUUCAUUAUUUGAGAAGUGUGGGUCGGUUGCGGGGUAACAAGCAGGAUUGGGACGAGUUCUUUGAUCUAAUCGACACUUUUCAUUUGGGUUCAAAAACAUAUGGGUUUCCUUUAACUCUUAAUCAAGUUGCAAGUAUCGUGGCAGUUGUGAAUUUCUCAUUUUUAAUUGUACUGUCUUUGCUGACAAAAAAAUGAAUUAUAAAUUCACGAUUAGUUGUUACAGCAACUAAUAAAGCAAGUUUUUUCAGCCAUCCAAAGACCUUAUUUGCAACCUUAAUCCUUGCUCUAACCUACUAAAAAUAACCGAAGGUUCAGCCGGUGAAUUCUUUAGAAAUCAGUUUCAUUCAAGGACUGCGCCGCGAUAUUGAACAUAGAGGGAGCUACGUCUUUUACUUUGCCUUAAGUUGAGCUAAAAUAUAUAAAUGUUUGCAAAAACAUUAUCUUGGGGAGGCUUUAAGUGGGCUGGCUCAAGCCCCCCAGCCCCUUUGGCGCCGUGCGUGCUAUUACAGUUUAGCGAGAAGAUGCAACCGACAAACUAAAAAGGAGCAGCAAAGAAGAGUUUACGAAAGCGCCUGGGGACAAAGCUUCACUUCGUGUUUACCUUGUUUCACUACGUAGCUCACUAGAACACACCAAUGACACUCCUUUUAUUUCUGAGCAUUCCUCGUCUCAUUGGUUGAAAUAAAAUAGUACUUAACUAUUUAUAUUACUACGUGUCCGGAAGUGUUUAUCACUUGUGUUGCUGAGUAUAAACUUAUUACGAAAUAUCGAAGUUCUUUGAUAAAAGUAUGGUUGGCCAAACCAGCCAACCUGAAAGAAUGGCUCCUGUGGAGGGUUAUAAACGCUUCGAGACGACAACUGGUGUUAAAUUCGUGAGUGCAGGCUUAGCAGCGUCAUUUGCUGAAAUUGUAACAAUGCCAAUUGAUACUUCCAAAGUUCGAUUGCAGGUAUUCUAUGUGGGAAUUUGUAGAUAAAAAAUUGCGACAAAGUUUAAGCUCUUAUUGCUAUAGAUUUACGACUUUCAUUUAAACAAAAUAUUUAUACAUGGCAUCAGGUUAGUUGGAUGUUUCUUAUAAUAAAUUAUGGAAUUUUUUAAUUGUAAUUUCAUUGAAAAGUACGAUUAA